GGUUUUGACGUCGUUCAAAGGAAGGUUUUGGAAAGGAAGGGUAUGUGGGUUGAGUUUGGGCCGAUUUCCCGGAGUGAGAUUGAGGAAAUGGGAUUGGGAUAGUCGGGAAGUGGUACUGAUUACCAGUUUGCGUAGUCUGCCGGUCAGGCAGCAGUUAGGCACCCCUUGAGAAGGCAGCCUGGAGGAGCUGCUGCAGCCGACAUUAAAUUGGGGUUCGGGCGAAUUUGGGUUCUGUCGUGGGAGGAGGUGGUGAGAGUUGAGUACGGGGAAGAAGCGAGUUUGGAAACGAGGCAGUUUUACUGUAUAGAGGGGAUUUCUGGCGGCGUAGCAGUGUUUGCGAAAGAUCUGUUGUGCUUGGCCACAUCCAUGAAGAUGAAUGGCUGGGUUUCAAGCAUGCUUUGCCUGUCCAUCGUCCUCUUACUGCUGUUAAAGGGUGCCCUUACCAGGAAGAGCCAAGAUCUCCAUUGUGGAGCAUGUCGGGCCCUGGUAGAUGAACUGGAAUGGGAAAUUUCUCAGGUAGACCCCAAGAAAACAAUUCAGAUGGGUUCCUUCCGCAUCAAUCCAGAUGGAAGCCAGUCAGUUGUUGAGGUCCCCUAUGCCAGGUCUGAAGCUCACCUGACAGAAUUGCUGGAGCGUAUUUGUGAGAACAUGAAAGAUUAUGGAGAGAAGGUGGAUCCAUCCACCAAUCGUAAAAGCUAUGUAAGAGUUAUCUCUCAUGAUGGAACUAAAAUGGACCUUUCUGAAACCAAAUUUGAUGGUGAUGUGACGUCGAGCCUGAAAUUUGCGUGCGAGAGUAUAGCCGAAGAAUACGAAGAUGAGCUCAUAGAGUUCUUCUCCCAUGAGGCAGAAAAUGUGAAGGACCGGCUGUGCAGCAAACGCACAGAUUUGUGUGACCAUGCCUUGCAUCUCUCACAUGAUGAAUUGUGACAUGCGUAGGCUCAACUAGUCAGAUGAAUGCUGUGGGAUAAUUUAUCCGUUGUGGAGAACCACCUUCCAGUUUCCAGCUGCUGUUUUUUUCACCAUCUGUCCAUUUUGCAAAGAACGUUAAACAAUCUAUGAUUGUGCCUCCAGAAGAAAAUACAAAACUUUAUAGAUUUGUUUUUUAAAAAACAAAACAAAACAGAAAGCAAAUGAAAGAAAAGUUGUCUGUCAUUUGACUUAAAAAAAUAUUAAUGAAAUCUUUCCUUUUUAUAACGUG